CUGAGGGCUCAGGACUCCUAUGUGCCUGCAAGUUUGCUGAACUCACAGUUUAGAACCCAAAGAGAGAAAGAAUGUGGCAGAUUGUUUUCCUAACUUUUGGCUGUGAUCUUGUCUUGGCCUCAGCCUACAAUAACUUUAGGAAGAGCGUGGACAGCACGGGCAGGAGGCAGUACCAGGUCCAGAACGGACCCUGCAGCUACACAUUCCUGCUGCCGGAGACCGACAGCUGCCGAUCUUCCUCCAGCCCCUACAUGUCUAACGCCGUGCAGAGGGAUGCACCCCUCGACUACGACGACUCAGUGCAAAGGCUGCAGGUGCUGGAGAACAUUCUAGAGAACAACACACAGUGGCUGAUGAAGCUGGAGAACUACAUCCAGGACAACAUGAAGAAGGAGAUGGUGGAGAUCCAGCAGAAUGUGGUGCAGAACCAGACGGCUGUGAUGAUCGAGAUUGGAACCAGUUUGCUCAACCAGACGGCGGCACAAACUCGGAAACUGACUGAUGUGGAAGCCCAAGUACUAAACCAGACGACAAGACUCGAGUUGCAGCUUCUUCAACAUUCUAUUUCUACCAACAAAUUGGAAAAGCAGAUUUUGGACCAGACCAGUGAAAUAAACAAACUACAAGAUAAGAACAGCUUCCUAGAAAAGAAAGUGCUGGACAUGGAGGACAAGCACAGUGUGCAGCUGCAGUCCAUGAAGGAGCAGAAGGACCAGCUUCAGGUGCUGGUGUCCAAGCAGAGCUCCGUCAUCGAUGAGCUGGAGAAGAAGCUGGUGACGGCCACAGUCAACAACUCAGUCCUUCAGAAGCAGCAGCAUGAUCUAAUGGAGACGGUCAACAGCUUGCUGACCAUGAUGUCAUCGCCCGACUAUAAGAGCUCUGUUGCUGUCCCUAAAGAAGAGAAAACCACCUUCAGAGACUGUGCAGAAAUCUUCAAGUCAGGACUCACCACCAGUGGCAUCUACACGCUGACCUUCCCCAACUCCACAGAGGAGGUCAAGGCCUACUGUGACAUGGACAUGGGUGGAGGAGGGUGGACGGUCAUCCAACACCGGGAAGAUGGCAGCGUUGACUUCCAGAGAACGUGGAAAGAGUACAAAGAGGGCUUCGGGAGCCCUCUGGGAGAGUAUUGGCUGGGCAACGAGUUUGUCUCCCAGCUGACCAGUGGGCAUCGCUACGUGCUGAAGAUCCAGCUGAAGGACUGGGAAGGCAGCGAGGCACACUCUCUGUAUGAGCACUUCUACCUGUCCGGCGAGGAGUCCAACUACAGGAUUCACCUUACAGGACUCACAGGCACGGCGGGCAAAAUCAGUAGCAUCAGCCAACCAGGAAGUGAUUUUAGCACAAAGGAUUCGGACAAUGACAAAUGCAUCUGCAAGUGUUCCCAGAUGCUCACAGGAGGCUGGUGGUUCGACGCAUGUGGUCCUUCCAACUUGAAUGGACAGUACUACCCACAAAAGCAGAAUACGAAUAAGUUCAACGGUAUCAAGUGGUACUACUGGAAGGGGUCCGGUUACUCGCUCAAGGCCACGACCAUGAUGAUCCGGCCAGCAGAUUUCUAAAUGCCUGCCUACAUUAUCAGAAGAACUUGCUGCAUCCAAAGAUUAACUCUGAGGCACUGAGAGACACCAAUGCACAGUAGCCCCUUCCCACAUCAGGAGGUGCUCCUGGGGGCGGGGGAGGAUCUGUGUGUUCCAGACUGACGCACAUCACUUAGGCCUGCACCGCUAACCAACCAAAGGAGACCCAAAGGCACUGCGGGUCUGGAGAAAUACCUAUGAGAAGGCCAUGGUUAGAAUCACAGGGACAGCAUGCAUUCGGACUCUGUCACAAGCAAGAAUGUUACGUGGGAGUUCAUCAGUAAAUAACUGGAAAACAGAACCCUCAGAUGGUGCAGAUAAAUCCCGGGACCACAUUACUCGGAGCACGUUUCUACAGUGUACACAGACACAGCUCAGCUGUCCUGGAACCACAGCAGUCAGUCUCCAGGGACUUCUAAGUAGUGGUUACAGGUUAUCAUCUGGAUAAGCACAGUUCGUUGUUCCGUCUUGUGCUUGACAUGUUCAUUUGGAAACAACACAUUUACCUAUCUGACGGCUUAGUUUUUAAUGGCUGGACACUAUUACUAUACGGCAAAAAUGCCUACAUCUCUGGAGUAGCCACCAAGCGGGCGCCAUGUCAGUGCAUGUGGAGACUGUACUGUUUUUGUUUUCUUUCUGGCUGUUAAAUAUGAAGGUAUUUUUAGUAAUUAAAUAUAAGUUAUUAGCUGA